GUCAGUGGAAGUGUUUGGCGGAGGCUCCUCCAGCCCGGUCCUCGCCCGCCCCGCGUCUCUCAAUAAAAAUGCAACACGCCGCUUUCUGACUCCAGAAAGAAAAUAUAAUCCAAGGACACUUACUCCCGCCGAGAAACAAAAAUGUUCAAGGACACUUCGAAAGAUUCAUUUGCCCUGGAUGUGGCUCUAAUUUCAGCAGCUGUGAUAAUUUGUCUUGCUGCGAUGGUUGCGAUGUGUGGAAUCUGCAAAUGGUGUCAACACAGGCUGGGUAAACGACACAAGAGUUCGCUGGAAGCAGUCACCACACCAGACUCCAACCGAGGCCGCAACGAGAAGAAAGCCAUCAAUGAUCUUGACAAAGACUUUUGGAAUAACAAUGACAGCACAGUACAAAAGAAAUGGAGUUCCUACCCUCCAAAGGAGUUCAUUCUAAACAUUUCGCCUUAUGCACCUUAUGGUGACCCACGUCUUUCACUCAAUGGCUCUCUCAUGUCCGGUAACAAAGCUCCAGUAGCUGAAAAAGAAACGCGCACGGCCGAGAAGCAAACCCGCAGCAACAGCAUGAAGAGCAGUGGAUCUUCCAACAGUAAUCGGGGUGAAGCUGCCAAUGGGAAGGUUGGGAAAGGUGGGCGCUGGCACACAGUCCAGACUCUCCUAGCAUCGGGCAAGCUCAACCAAGCUAACUUGGAUGAGCCGUCCUUGUCAGCAGCCUCCACGUUAGAACACAUAUCCACACCACCGGCCGACCAACAGUCGAAAUGCCCGCGACCUCGGACGCUGCAGAGGCAGCAGAGCCUCCAGCAGCCGCUGCAGCAGCAUAGACCUGCCCACCACCAGCCCACCACCAGCCAGAGCCUUGGGCAGCUUCAGUUUCAACAGCAGACGACCUCCGGCAGCAGGUCUCCCUACAGAGCCCAGCACAGGGCAGGCAGUACAGCGGGCUCACGCAGUCGCACAGCCGGUGGCCGCAGUCGCUCCAACCCUGGGAGCUGGGAUUACGUCAUGGGACAGCUCCGUAAUCGAGGGUUAGAUAUGAAGUCUUUCCUUGAAGGCCGGAUGGUGGUCCUUUCCCUGGUUAUGGGUUUGACAGAACAGGAUGACUUUGCAAAUAUUCCCGAUCUACAGACCAGCAACAGCCAACAAAACCAAGGCAUGCAGUCAGACAAAAGGUUGCCCACUGGAAAUAAGCCAGUGAAUACAACUCCUGUGCAAGGGCAGGUCCCUCAGGAUGACUCAGACAGAAGAACAGAACCUCGUUCCUCAGUCUCAGACCUGGUGAAUUCCCUCACAAGUGAGAUGCUAAUGCUGUCACCAGGUUCUGAGGAUGACCACGAGGGAAGUUCACGCGAGAACCUUGGUCGUAUUCAGUUUAGUGUCGGGUACAACUUCCAAGAAUCCACCUUCACCGUGAAAAUAAUGAAGGCUGUGGAACUGCCGGCAAAGGACUUCAGUGGUACCAGUGACCCAUUUGUUAAAAUCUACUUGCUCCCUGACAAAAAACACAAGUUGGAAACUAAAGUGAAAAGAAAGAAUUUAAAUCCACAUUGGAACGAGACAUUUCUUUUUGAAGGUUUCCCCUACGAGAAAGUGGUGCAGCGAGUUCUCUACCUCCAAGUCCUUGAUUACGAUCGUUUCAGUCGAAAUGAUCCAAUUGGAGAGGUAUCAUUACCGCUGAACAAAGUGGACUUGACACAGACACAGACAUUCUGGAAAGAACUAAAGCCAUGCAGUGAUGGAAGUGGAAGUCGAGGAGAACUUCUUUUGUCAUUGUGUUAUAACCCAACUGCCAACACUAUCACUGUGAACAUAAUUAAGGCAAGGAAUCUGAAAGCCAUGGACAUAGGGGGUACAUCAGAUCCCUAUGUUAAAGUUUGGCUCAUGUACAAAGACAAGAAAGUGGAGAAGAAGAAAACUGUUGUGAUGAAGAGGUGUUUAAAUCCCAUCUUUAACGAGUCUUUUGUGUUCGAUGUACCGACAGAAAUAUUGAGAGAGACAACUAUUAUAAUCACUGUGAUGGAUAAAGACAAACUGAGCAGAAAUGAUGUUAUUGGAAAGAUAUACUUAUCUUGGAAGAGUGGGCCUGGUGAAGUCAAGCAUUGGAAGGAUAUGAUUGGGAGGCCACGACAUGCUGUGGCUCAGUGGCACCAACUCAAGGCAUGAUUGUUCACCAAAUGAACGAGGAGGGGAAAACAACAGACAUAGAAGAGAAAACAUCUGAUUAGCCUUGACAUUUUAAGUAUGCACAAUGAAGCACGUGGACUAAAGUCACGGAUUACUCAGCCAACACUCUGGGAGUCCAGCAGCCAAUCCAUAUGCCAUGGACUUUAUAGCAUUGAGCUGCCAGGAACAUUUUUUAAGUCAAAAGGUCAUUUCCACCUAGUGCUUCAACAACCAUCACCCACCCUGCACACUCGCCCUCCUCCCCAGCCUCCUCCCCCAACAAGAGAAAUUUGCAUAUUUUGGUCAUGGCACAACUCAUUCUGUGUCUGUGGCCAGUAGUCACGUGGCUUAGACUUUAGUUUUAAUUUUCCUGUGACUAAAAAAAAAACGAAUUGUUCUUCCAGUAGUGAAGGAGUUUAUAGCAUUGGGAAAAAAUUAUGUGUACAUUUUUUUUCCAAAAUAUGAUGGCAUUUUAAUUUUCUGGUGCAGGUGUAGAUGCUAAUGGUUCCAAGGACACCUUUUUUAUUUAUCUCAAUUAAUGUAGUGAGGGGGAGGAAACGUGAGAAAAACAGGAACUUAAAAUCUGUGUAUGUCUCUGUGUGUGUGUUGUGUGUCUGUAACUAUAUAAAGUGUGUUUUUGUGCACACAAAAAGUACUCAGCCACGCCCUUAAUGCGUGGGUGAUUUUCUCUGCACUUUUUAAAAUGAACAGAUUUCGUUAUGAAAACAAAAGUUAUGAAUGGAUUUGGGGUUUCUAGAGGUGGUUUUUAAGUGGGCAAUGUCUGGUUUACACAGUAUUUCAACUUGCUUCUCCUUUAUCCAGGGCUUACAGAACUACUAUACUGGAAAAAAGCAAAAAUCCCGAAGGAUUAACAUGCAGAAAAUCCUAUGAUGUUGCAUACAGUAUUGGCCUAGCAUUCCAAAAGGCAACUGAUAGCAAUUGUAAAAUAUUGUAUUAAUAUUCCUAAGUCCUGUAGAGUAACAUUGUAGAUCACUUCCAUAUAUUUUCAGUGCACUUUUGCAUUGUCAGGUGCAUGAAAAAUAAUAUUGUUAGGCGGUAAGUAAAAUUCCCUCAUUUGGGUUAUUUGGAAGAAUUCAUGUAGGCAAGGGCUGGGGUUGGGAGAGUGUCUUAAAGGCAGACCCAGAGUUCUUAACCAAAAAUAUUCCCUGUCUCAUUUACCUGUUGAUUUACAUUUCCUUACCACAGUCAGACUGAGAGGUUUGGUUGGAGAUCUAUUUAUCCAACCCAGGGAAUCAAGUAAUACAUCUUGUUCUGGGCCAGUGGAUAGCUAAUUGCAACUCAAGACACUAUAGAAAGAAUGUAGGUGUCCUCUCAGUACAAUGAAAAUUAAGACUGAAGUAUUACUUGAAGUGAUGGGAUCUGGCAUUCACCUUCAGUUCCCCAGACACUGAGUUCCCAAUUUGAGACAUGUUAUUAAAAAUGACAGGUAGAGGGUCUUGCCUACUAUUGGAUUCUAGCUACUAUUACAGAUCUUCAAACAAAGUAACUUUUCCACAGGCUGGGUAUCUGAAGUAAAGAGCAAGAUUAUUGUACAUCCUUUUUCCACUAUUUUGUGAUUUUUGUGCUCGAUGUGGAAUUUCAGUGCCGAGAAACAGAAUCCCGGAAUCCUUCUUGCUUUGGGCAUCCAUUGGUGCCACCAGGGCAGUAGUCAUGUACAGUUAGACGUCAAGUAAAUCUCUUACAAUAUCAGUCAACUAAGUACCUUCCCAACUGUAUGGUGUAACACCUGCAGAAAAUGGCCAUAAUUUGUGGAAGUGCAUAGGCAUAUUCACUCAGAGUGCUUCUUGUGGAAUCUCUGUGAUGUUGCCAAUGUGAUGUUCCAUAUUAUGGCUAGUUUUAUGCUGUGAUCCCAUGUUAAUUGGAACAGGAAGAGUUCUGCCUGAAGCCACUUGUUGGGCCCUUAAGGGAGUGCCAGUGUAGCUAUUCAUCCCAGCACUUCAGGCUUUAUAUGAAUCCAGAGAUGAAGAGCCAACAUUUAACUCAGCACCACAGAUUCCCCUAUGCUGCAUCUCAAUUCUGUUUAAGCUCUGGUCUCGCUAAAUUUAGUCAGGAAAGGGUAUGUUUGCCACUUGUGCAUUCCUCACUUUGAAGUUUUAUUCAUCAGAGUGGACAAUAGCAUAAAGAACACAAUUGUACAUUCAUUCAUUUUAAUGAGUAAAAGAUUCAUGAGUUAUGUUGACAAUCAGCUCCUGCUGGGUGAAGUUACAUUUGCAUUACAUACUUAGAAAAUUUACUCCCUGGUUUCAUAAUGCUAGUACUCCCUUUAGUGUGGGGAAGCUUAAACAUGUGGUGUUAGUUAUCCCGAUCCUUCUAAGCCUCCACCUUUUAUAUGCAAGGAAGUACCUCAAUUAUCUCUGAAUGCUCUUCAGGACAGCAUUCACUUGCAAAAUUCCAGUAGGCAAUCCCAUUAUCCCCAAUGGCUAUGUAUUAGAUUUUAUAUUUGAGAGAAGUCCUUAGUAACAGACGACAUUCUGAUUUUCACCCCAGUGGCUAACAUACACCCCUCAAUUGAAAAUCAGUAUUUCAGAUUGCUUUACUACUGCAUGUAAGACAGAGGGAAAUACUGAUCUAGAAUAAUUUGGUUUUAUAAUAGCAUAUCCCCUAUCUGAGACAUAUGGUUUCAUUUUUCCUCAUUUUGAGGCAAAUAGACUCAGGGGUACUGUGAGGAGGGACACAAAGUUAUUAAUAAAUAUUACCAAAGGUCUGGACUAAAUUAAGAAAAAAAACAAAAAGAUUCACAACAAAGUCAGGGAUGAAAAAGGGCUAAGCAGUAAACAAAAACCAUUGCUACAAUGGUGGUUGCCAUACUACGAAUGGGCCUUCUCUCUGCUUUCUUCAAUCCCUGAGGGUGAUAAUAAAUUCCCUGCGAAAAGUACCAAGGGUAAUUGAAAGCUCAGGGAGAGUGCAAUGGUGAAGCUACAGGACAUUCAAUCAUCUUAACUGGGAGAAACUCAAUGAGUGGGGACAUUGUUGAAAUGUAUAAUGUAUUAAUCUGACUAAAGUAUUUUCCCAUCCAAGCAAAAAAGUGGCAUUUUUGCUGCGCUAGGGUAAUAUCUCUAAUACACUGCCCAGUAGAUUGUUCCAACCUUUUAUUAUCCUUGGUGUGAGGACAUUUCUGCUAUUUAGUUUAAACACAUGUUCACUAUUUUAUAAUCAUGAUCUCAGGUCCUCACUGAUCUGACUUAUAUUUCAACUAAUUAAGCUAUCCCUUAAAAUUUUACUGAGUCCUUUUCAAACAUUGACUCUCCUGACUGUGGAUGCUGAGUUUUUCAAACCUUCCCUCAUUGCUCACUCCCUCUAACCCAAAUCCAAGGGAUAAAGGAAUUAUUCUUACUGCUGUCAUCUCUAAUAAUUAUUUUGUUUCGAUAAUGUGACAACAAAAAUUGAAACCUUAAAAUAGCCAAUUAAUAACACACAACCUGUAAUUGAGCCAUUUGGAAAAGUAAUAGUUUAAUAAUGAGAAGAUCUUCCAACUUUCUGGGCGGCAUUACAAAAAAUAUAUUUUCAGUAGUAAAUCUUCACCAAAUGUUCAAUAUCUGCAAACCAUGCUUUGGAGAUUACAGGAAAAUACAGGAAUUUAUCAGAGGUAUUAUAGGCAUUUUAAUUGUCUAAUCAUCAUAAAUUUUCUUAAUCAAUAUCUUCAGGCUCUUCAGUUCUCACAUUAAUAACCUUCUUUAUGUUCCCAUGCUGAUAAGUGUAUUUUAAAAACAAUUAUCAUUUUAACCAAUAAUUACCUACCAUUUCUUACGGUGCCUGAUGCCCACUUUGUAAAACAAACUUGAUGUGUUAACUUCUAAAGAUAAGCUUAAAUUCCUGCACUAAGAUUAAAGGAUAGAAUUUAUGCAUCAGGAAAAGCAGGGUGGCCUGAUAGCACAGCAGUUAGUGCUGCUGUCUCGUGGCUCCAGAGGCCCAAUCUGGACCCUGACCCCGUGUGCUGCCUGUGUGGAGUUUGGAUAUUCUAUGGAGAUGCCGUGGACUUCCUCCCAUAAGACAUGCUGGUAGCUUAAUUGACCUCUGUAAAUUACCUCUUGAUGUAAGUUAAUGGCAAAAGGAUUCAAAUGGGAGUCAUCAGGAGUAUGAGAGGGAAUUAUUUAAAGGGGUAUAGGAAAAUGAGAGGGGGAAUGGGAUUACUUCCCUGGGAGCCAUGGGCUGAAUGGCCUCCUUGGAUAUCCAAAGUAGAGGGAUGAUUGAGUGUGUCCUUGAAGCUGAAUUUGUUUGAUCAGUUGGUGCCAACUGGGGCUCUGGUCAGAUUAUUUAAUAUGCUGAAAAGAAUGGGGAAAGCAUCCAAAGAAAGUAAAAAUGUAAAUUUGCUUGAUUCCUUCCCAUAUAAGGUAAUUAGUGAAACUUUUGGAGAUAAUUAACAAAUUAGUUGCUUUCCUUUCAAUAUGUGUUCCCGCAGAGUAAUUGGUCCUGUUCCAGAAACUUGAUGCGAUAUUAUUCCCAUUGUUAGUCAUGGCUUAUGUUUUGUGUAAUUCAGUUAAAUGCAGGUGUUCCUAUGUUCACCACCCCCAGAGGAUCACUUGUUGUUUUCCUUUGACCCUCCUACAUUUCACAUGUAUGUUGUCCUAAAAUUAUUUCUGAAUGACAUAAAAAGUGUUUAAAAUAACUUACUUUGAUUUUAAUCAAUUAUACCCAGGCUAAGAUCCAGUAACCGGAUAUUUUUAGUGGAGGGUUAAACAUACUUAAAUCAAUUUUGUUUUCCUCAGUUGCCAACAAAAUCUUUGAUUUUUAUUUGUGGGAUCAAUACCUCUGUGUCAUGACACUGAGGCACACAAAUGUGUUCACACCAGGUUUUUUUGCCAUAUGUUCAGUUCGCUGGUCUCACAAGUUGGUGUUCCCAUUAAUACUAAAUCGGUGUACAGAAUCAGUUUGGUAUGAAUUACUUAAGUAACAGGACUCAUGGAGGAUUGCCAACUGAAUACAUUGUGCAGCAAUUUCCUCUUUUCCUUAUCCUUUUCUCUGCAUUUCCUCUACUUGUUCCUUCAAAAUUAUAAAUUUUGCAAUUCAAAAUGGUUUAGUUGUGCCAGAGGCAUGUAGCACAGUACAGACCUACAGAUGCGGCUAUGCUGAUCCCAGCAUGAUUUAACCUAGCAAUAAUUACUGUGGACGUGCCUGCUUUAGUGCAACUGCCUUUUUGGUUCACACUAAUGAAGAUCAGUAGAAUUCAGUGAUCUUUCCCUGACACAGCUGCUAGCACUAGCAAUUUUUUGUCUUAUUAGCAAACCAUUGCAUGUUUAAUUUAUGAAAUAUUUAUUGCUUAAUAUUGUGAUCAACAGAAAGGCGAAAAAUGUAAUGCCUAAGAUUAUUUCCAAUUGAUGUCCAGUACCUUAGCCAAGAGAUUACUUGUGUUUCCUAAGCACCAUACGUACAAAAUGCAAACUCCACGUGUAUAUUAGGGAUAAAGGUAUAGAAGAAGGCUGUUCUAUGGAGAUGGAUAAUGUAGGGUAAGAAAAGGUUUAUGUGGAGCAUAGAUUGGAUCAUGGACUACCUGAGUAGUUUGUUCUGUCUCUGCACUGCACAUUCUGUGUGAUUCCUGAUAAUGACUUAUAAGCAGGAAUCUUGGAAAUGUAGCCCAAGUAACUAAGGCAACAGUAACACUUCCCACAGCCCACCUGUUGGCUGAAAAUGUUGCUCAGACAAAAUGCAGAAAGACUUGCAUUUAUAUAAACAUCUUUCUUGACCUCAGGAUCCCAAAAGCGCUUUAUGGCAAAUGAAGUGCUUUUGCAAUGUGGUUGUUGUUGUAAUCUUGGGAAGGUGGGAGACUGUUUGCACACAGCAAGCAGCUGUACACAGCUUUGGAUAAAUUGAUCAGCUUGUCUGUUUCAGCAUUGACUGUGGGAAAAAUUGAAUGAUUGGUUGGGUUACCAGGAAAACUGCUCUGCUCCUCUUCUAAUAGUGCCAUAGGAUCUUUUACAUUCAGCUGAUAGGGACAACAAAACCCCUGAAGGUUGAUACCUACAACAGUUCAGCACUCCUUCUGUGAUGGUGCCAACACUGAGUAGUGGCUGACACCCCAAUGAGGAUGAAGGAUCACACAGAAAAUGCCUUGGUCUGUCCCCUGUAAUCACUGAGCAAUGCAUCUGUAUGCUAGGUCCAUCAGAGAAUAUUCACACAGUUCCUGAAUAAUUGAUUUGGAUUCAGGAUUAUAGAUAUUUGUGUCUCUUGUAGUUAGUUAAAACACACCCAUGUGUUGAUGAGGAUAAGGUUAGAAGUUACUUUGUCUUGGGUUGGUUGGUUUGACCUUGUCAGACUAGAGAUAAAUAUGGUAAACAGCCAAACUUGUUUCUUUAGCCCUGCAGUUAACCAUAAAGUGAUAAAUCCUUGCCCUGUUUUACAACUAUUUCACAAGAAUUGUAGUGAUUACACCCAUUAUAAAAUGGCACAAUUCUUUUUAAAUAAUGCAUGGCCCUUUUCCUAUCUCCAAAUGAGGAGACAGUUUGGCUACUAUUUGUAGAGGGGAUGGACCCCCUUAAAUGGGAUAGGUAAUAUUACAAAAGCAAAAUGCCCAUUUGCCCAUCUCAGGUGUGUUGCUCUAGCUGUUUGAUGCCUGAAAAAUUGCUUAAUAGCGUGUGCUAAAUAUAUGUUCAGUAACUCUUUUAAAGAUUGAUGUGUAGCUAGAGCCCUCAACAUCAAUGGAAUGAUAUGGUGCUAAUUGAUUUUCAGCAUACAAAUGCAAUGCUACAUUUGUAUGAAAUUUCCUUGGCCACUAUUUUAACAGAGGAACAUAGUGUGAUUUUAAAUUACAAGUGUAUUCUGCCCGUGCUUCAUUACUCUUCAUUCUGCAAUCACUAGUUUGACAAGUGACUCUCUGUUGCUGUGUGAGGACAGAUCCAUGGUUUCAUUAACAUUCACUGUAUAAACCAGAUAUUGCACUUUUGCAGGUUAAUAUUCCUUUUUGUUUUGCCUAGUCUUACUUUCAAAGCUAUUGAAAAUCAAACCUGUUGUGUGACCUGGUAUGCUCCAUGAGCUUUAAAGGAAAGUCAGAAAUUCAUUUGUUGCUGAUGGCUGAAUCCCAUUUUGGUCAGGCCACCAACGGGAUGUUGGAAUGUUGUUGCACUACUCUGGCUCAGGAGAUGUUGUUUAGCUUCCUCACUUGAAUUAAUCCUCCUGAUUAGACAAACAGUGGAGCAAAUUAAUUAACAAACCCUGAAGCCCUCCAAAGCACCCUUCCUUCCCUCGCUGAAAAUUGAUCAUGCCAAAUAUCCAGUGAAUUCACAGAUGUGACAUCACUGGGAGACCUAAAAUGUGGGAUUACUUCCCAAAAUAUGUGUUGGAUGUGUUGUGCUGAUUUAGGAACAAAGGAAUUAAUCAUAAACUCUUUUUUAAAAAUCAACACACUGAGGCUUUACACUGAACACCACCACCCCAACUGAUCAGAUGUCCAACUUGGUUGAACUUUAAACAAAAUUCAAUGGGAACUUGCAGCCUCUAGUUAGAAAGUAACUGGAAAGGAAAAGUUAUCCAAAGUAUGAUUUUGUAAGAAAGACAUGUCUGUGUGUACAGGGGUCACACUUAUUAGGUUUAAUUGGCUUGAGUGAUUACACCAUAUCACCUCCUCGCUCUGUAAAGCUGGUCUAGGUUUAGCUAAUGAAGAAAAGCAGCUCGCAAAAAAUCGCAAUUUAAAAGCAAAAACCAAAUCAAAGCUAUAACAGAUGUUUGGAAAUGUUCAGGUAGAAAGAAAUUCUGAUUUGAAAAGCAAAUGCCAAGAGUAAUAAUUACAAAAUCAAGCAAUGACGACUUAAUCAUGAUAUUUUGGACAGCACAUCAACUAUCAACAGAGUGCCAUUUCCCUAGCUGGGAUGAAUCCCUGGCGAAGACCACAUUCCCUUUGCAACUUUCAAACUAUAUGAAGAAAACCAGGGAGAAGUAGAAAGAACAGGGUGUGGAUUCUUUGUGAAACUGUUGGUGAUGAAAGAAAAUGCCUGCUGUCCUUCUGCAAGUAAUUGAGAGAAGAAAAACCAAAAAUAUCGGCUAACUACAACAUAGUGGGUCUUCAAAAGGUUUGAGGGUGAAUUUGUUUCAUUUGUGUCUGCGUGUUGGGGGGAGGCGAGGGGUAGCAAAGAAAGUUGUGUGCAAUACAAUUUGUGGUAGAUUUGAAACUAGGCUAUAAAGGUUAACAAAAAAAGGAUCUCAGCUUUAAACAUAAGCCUUAGUUUUUGUGGAUAAUCUUGGCAAGUAUCUUAUCCCUUGUGAUCAGGGUAAGGAUAGCAUAAAACAGAUUUAUUUUAUGUUUACAUUGAAUGCUAGUUUGGCUGUAAUUGAAGUUUCAUAUAAAAGAAUAUAUGGUUAGGUUUUUACAACUCUGUGUACAGACUGUUUAAUCUUAAUGCAAGGUGAUGCAGUCCUGAAUUUAUUGCUUUUUUUGGUCCUUUCUUUAAAUAAGGACUGGGCGUCUUUACGCUCUUGGACAAGAUGAAUUAAAGAGACUGCAAUGGCUUCUUUGUCACAAAUUGCGAUGUAACAUUUGCCAACUUUGUACAGGAUAUUCAUGAUGCAUAGGUUUAGCUGCCAAGUGGUAUAUUGAUAGAAAAAAACAGUUCAGACUGGCUGAAGCCAGAUGUGCUUUAUCUGGAUAAUAACAGAGCUUUAUUCUGUUAGUUGACUUCUGAUUCAAAAAGUUUUUAAGAAGUUCUAUAGCAUAAUAUAAAUUAAAUAAUACUUGUUCAUAGUUUGAGCAAUAUUUGAAUACAGAAGCACAUCUAUCUGUUACUAUUGAUAUAGUGUCUGUCUCCAGCCAGCCUUUGUAGAUGAUGUCUUUGAACUUCUGUUGUCAUCCAGUCGCCCUGUACUGUUCUUUAUCUUUUUCCCCCAAUAAUCUGACCCAUUUCAGAUUAAACGUGCAGAUGGUACCUCAACAAACAACACUGAUAGAUAAAGAUUGUAAUUUUUAUUGUGUUUGGUAGCUAAUGUACUUCAUGAAGGUAAAUUAUUUUGUAUGAGAUGACUUCAUCUAUAUUAUGUAUAUGGUAGAGUAUUUCUUUCUGAGAUUAUAUAUUUUGAAAUUUUACUCUUUUUUGUGGAAAAAGUCCUAGUUAUGAUUAAUAAACAGUAGGAAAGCA